UUGCAUCAGUAAUCGACGACAACCAGCUUGAACACAACCCGACGAGUUCGAUCGCUGUGUAUACUCUCUUAUCAGCCGAAUGGUGGUGUUCUAAAACUUUAGUUUAGUUUUGUUGAGUUCAGUACAAUGGACACCGUGAACCUUCUUCUCAAAUUGGGCUAUCAACCAGGUGGUGACUCACCGCUCGACGAAGCCACCCUCGGCGGUGGUAUUUCACAACCCGGCUAUCGCGCGCUAAUCCAAUGGCUCACCGAGGAAAUUCGCCGGUACGGAGAGUUGGACGACGAGUCCGUUUCCAGCGUGGACGACGAGGUUUGCUUUCGGUGGGAACUGUCGUCGUUUCUGAAGGAGCUGGGCUGUCCGUACGGUGCGUUGAUGGACGUCCCGCUGACGGAGCGCUUUCGAGAGGCGGGGGACGCGCGCAUGUUGGUUGAGUAUUUGGUUGGCGAGUGCGCGGCGUUGGCGAUGGUGAGGAGGCAGCGGGAUCAAGAGGAGAGGCGGUUUCAGGUGUCGGUGCUUGAGCCGUGUACGGAGGGUGACCUGUUGAACAUUUGUGGAGCUUUGGGGUUGAGUGUGGAGAACCUUCGUGCGGAUAACAUCUUCAAUGAGAUUAACCAGCGACUGAAUGACGAACCGCUUGUCGGUGGUCUGCUGUUCCGACCGGAAGUGAACCUGACCGCCGGCCAGUGGGUUAGGCUUGAGCGAACGCAGGCUGAACUGCUGGCGGAGUACUCGCUGCGUCAGCAGAUGAUGCUCAAGCGGGUUGACCUCACGAUGGCCGCCUUCCAGUGGAAGGGGAAGGAUGGACCGGCGGUUGCUCAGACGUACCGGAAGUGGCGACGCCACCUGGUAGAUUUGGUUGAGAGCUUCUCCACGGCGGAUAUUUCGACGCUGCUUGCCGCGGACGAGGAGCUGCUGCGCCAGGAACGGGUUAGUUCGACGCGGUUGAAGGGAACCGGGAAGAAUACCUUCCAGGGAUAUUUGACGCUUCCAACAGGUGGCGGAGUGGUCAACAUCGACGAGAAGCCAUCGAUGCCGAACUGGUCCUCGCGAGAGGAAGGACAGGACAGCGAGAACCUGCGGCGUAAGCCGAAGAAGCCGGUUGAAGGUGAUGGCGAGGACAAGAUUUGCAAGAAAACCAAAAAGAAGAACCUCAAGAACUGUGAUGUUAUCUCUGGAUUGAAAGAGUAAAGAGUUUGUUUGAUAAAAAAAA